GGCUGUUGACUGCACAAUGGGUGUGACUCUUACUACUCCAGUACGAUGAAAUGGAAAAUGUGAAAUAGGGGACAUUUUGGUGCCGUGAAAGAAGAGUGCUGACAAAAUACUGCAAAUUACCCGGGCUGGAAAGAUUCUAAUGGGGGAGUUUGAGAGCUGACGUGCCGUGCAAUGACCCCAGGCGACGCUGACGGAGCGGAUACCGUAUUCAAAGUGGAUUCCCGAUAUUAAUGACGGCUGUUUCCUUUUUGCUUUGGCUGGAGCAGCGAGGACCGUGUGCAGCGAGUGUAGUAUAAACACAGCAUCCAUAUGUCACGAUAAAGUAUGGACGGCUGGAGCCCAAUCGUUGCAACAGCCUCGGACAAUGACCGCUCCAGCUCCGAGGGGGAGUACAUGCUGGAGCCCGGAGCCGAAGACGGGACCCAGGAGGCGGUGGACGGAGAGCAGCGGGGUAACGUGGAGGGGAUGGACGACGGGGGUACAGCCGCCGUCGGGUUCGGGAUAAGCGGCACCGGGGAGGGAAAGGUGGUGUUGGGUCGAGUGGGACAGAGGGACGACAAGGAACUCAGGUACCUGCACUUGUUGUGGGAGCCGGGACGAGCCGAGCUUGGCUCCGGUGUGGUGGCGAGCAAGCUGGGGAAGAUGACGGGGAGCAGGGCCAGGCGGCAGCACAGGGUGGUGCGGAACCUCGGUCCUAUUGGCAAAGAUAUUUAUGCUGUGAAAAGACUGAGGGAGGCGGCCAACAGCAACGACAUUGACACAGUCCGAAAGCUCCUGCAAGAUGACAUUGACCCGUGUGCAGCCGAUGACAAGGGAAGGACAGCCCUCCAUUUCUCUUCCUGCAAUGGCAAUGAGAGCAUCGUGCAACUGUUGCUGAGCCACGGCGCUGACCCCAACCAGCGAGACAGUCUGGGCAAUACCCCCCUACAUCUGGCGGCCUGUACCAACCAUGUGCCUGUGAUCACCACAUUGCUGAGAGGAGGAGCCCGUGUGGACGCCCUCGACCGCGCUGGAAGGACCCCUCUGCAUCUGGCGCGCUCCAAGCUUAAUAUUCUGCAGGAGGGAGAUUCACGCAGCUUAGAAACCCUGAGAGGGGAAGUCACACAGAUCAUUCAAAUGCUGAGGGAAUACCUGAAUUUAAUGGGUCAGAGUGAAGCUAAAGAGAGGCUGGAGCAUAUUUCCACACGGCUGCAGCACACACGCACCAAAGAGCAGGUGGACGAGGUGACAGAUUUGUUGGCCAGUUUUACAUCACUCAGUUUACAGAAACAGAAUUUGGGGGAUAGGUAGUGUAUAGGGGAAGUGUACAGAGAGCUGAAGUCCUGCUCCUUCUAAAAGGAAGUUUCUGCUCCAGUUACCUUGGCAGGACGAGCAAACGCUAAACUAUAUUGCUGGGAGGUUUUCUGUCCAUAUUCCAAAUUAAAUAUUUAUCUGCGGAGCUCCUGCACCGGAAAGUAAGACUUAAUCACCUUAUCAUCUCAACCAAGAAAAGAUGAUGAGCAUCCUGUUAGCAUUUACAUCUCUGAUGAGGUUUUGAUAGUGUUACUGCGGCUUAGACCAAUUUGCUUAAAAUGCUCACAAAUAUGUUGUUGGUUAGAAUGAAAAGCUGCCCAAAUUCUAAAGCCAAUUACUGUUUUGUGGUAGGUAUUCCUUUAGCCUAUGGACAGAUCACACAUAAGCUCUUCGGAAAAAUUAUGAAAGUAACCCCUAAGGGAAAAAUAUACAGGAAGAAAAUCCUGAGGUCAAGUGGGACCUCGGCUCUCUACCGUGUGUGUGUGUGUGUGUGUGUGUGUGUGUGUGUGUGUGUGUGUGUGUGUGUGAGAAAAAGAGAAUAUGGCCUUUUUCACACAGAGACUCUGCAUUAUGGCUGCAACGAAUGCUCGCCUUUAUGCCGCCUUUGUUUGUUCGCACUGAACCCAAGCCGUUCCAGUGUGUCUUUUCACACAGGACUGCAGGAAUCAAAAUAGGCAUGACGUACACAUCAUGACAGCGUGUUCUCUCGGUUUCCACCUGUUAAUCUAAACAUGUAUCGGCUGACUCUUUUAUACAUUUUGAUGCAGUUAUAAUAUGUCGUGAUUGAGAUCCUGGCCCACCAUGUGUCCCGGAAAAUGACAUGGUAACGUUUUUUGCUCUAAAUUGCAUAAUGACAUUAUCGCCAUCAGUAGAUAAGGGACCAUGUCCGGCUUACACUCGUGGGGAGGGCUGACUGUUUUUCAAUACAAGUCGCCAGAGACAUUAACUACAACAACACAAUAGUGGAAAGCGACAAAGACAUGGUCAGUUAAAGUUAUUUGCUCUAAAUUGCAUCACAUAAUCACUGGCAUCCAACUGCGGGAAUUGCCUGGCUCUGCUGCCAGGGAUAGACCCUGUUUUUCAGGCAGAAAUGUCCCACUGACAAGAGUCAGUAGGACAGACAGGAUGACAGAGGCUUUUCCAUGUAUGGAUAUUUUUGUCCUCAUAAGUUGCCAAAGACACUACCAGUUACCACAUUACUGUUUGGUCCUGUAAUGUUGCUUUGUGGGUUGAAGUGUUGGACAUUUCUCUUUUAUUUGUUUAGUGAAGGAUCUGUUAAGUUGUCAAUCUGUGAACAACAUAAGGCCGACACCCUUAUUCUGCGCUACCAGCCUUUCCAUUCACACAGACGUCGGCUGCGGCUCUGAUACUACCUCCGGAGGCGGAUCAGAGCAACAGCGAAACUGUCCACCCUCUCCGCAUCGGAAACUUGAAAGGCAGAGUAUUGGCAUAUGAUUACCGCAUUGUAAGGGCAGUGUGAAUGGGGCUAUUGUGAGUGUGUGUUUGUGUGUGUGGGUCACAUAGUGUGCUGAUAUCAUGUUCUUUGCCUGCCAUCAUUUGCUAAGUUCUGAGAUAAUUAUGAGAAAAUUCUCCAAAACGAUUAAACAGUUUUCACUGUUGUAUUUUCUGUUUUCUUAUCAACAGCAUCUUGGUAUCUUGUUGCCUUCAUUUCUUGUACUGCAUGUUAUGUUUGUAUGUGAACUGUACUGUAAAACAUGAUUUGGCUGUCUUUGGAAAUGGAUGUAUGUGAAUCAAUAAAUCAGUAUGUUUGGCUAUA